AUGAGAGGCAGCGUCCCAGCUUUCCCCGCUCUCCCUACUUCUCACCCCCGCAUUGACCCCCUGGGAGCCCUGGUUGGCCCCUCGGGUCGCAGUCCUGGUCUUGGGUGCCCUGGACUGCUCUUGGGCCGCCGCCCUUCGCCGGUCACCUGUUCCCUCGCCCCUGGCUGCGGUGUCCGCUCGGAGCGGUGUGGCCGGCAGAGGGCCCCGUUGGUCCAGGAAUCUGGCACCCGCCAGGGCAGGGAGAGGCGGCUGGGCCGAGGAGCCCUGCAGUGCGCUGGUUCCUCUGUCCCCAGGGAGACCCUCAGACACUUCGGUGCAGACGGUUCUCCCCACCCUGUGGCAGGGGCUCACUCUCUCCUCUCUGUCCUCAGGCUAACUGGCAGUGAACCCCUGACGAUCCUCCCCCUGACCCUGGAGACGGAGGCUGCAGCCCAAGCCCACUACAAGGCCUGUGACAGGCUGAAGCUGGAGCGCAAGCAGCGACGCAUGUGCCGCAGGGACCCGGGUGUGGCCGAGACACUGGUGGAGGCUGUGAGCAUGAGUGCCCUGGAGUGCCAGUACCAGUUCCGCUUUGAGCGCUGGAACUGCACCCUGGAGGGCCGCUACCGAGCCAGCCUGCUCAAGCGAGGUUUCAAGGAGACUGCCUUCCUCUACGCCAUCUCUUCCGCGGGUCUGACACACGCACUGGCCAAGGCGUGCAGCGCAGGACGCAUGGAGCGCUGUACCUGUGAUGAGGCGCCUGACCUGGAGAACCGUGAGGCCUGGCAGUGGGGUGGCUGUGGAGACAACCUCAAGUACAGCAGCAAGUUUGUCAAGGAGUUCCUGGGCCGGCGGUCUAGCAAGGAUCUGCGAGCCCGAGUGGACUUCCACAACAACCUCGUGGGUGUGAAGGUGAUAAAGGCCGGAGUGGAGACCACCUGCAAAUGCCAUGGCGUGUCUGGUUCCUGCACGGUGCGGACCUGUUGGCGGCAGCUAGCACCCUUCCACGAGGUGGGCAAACACCUGAAACACAAAUACGAGACCGCGCUCAAGGUGGGCAGCACCACCAAUGAAGCCACCGGCGAGGCUGGUGCCAUCUCCCCACCGAGGGGCCGGGCCUCUGGCUCCGGAGGUGGUGACCCACUGCCCCGAACACCAGAGCUGGUGCACCUGGACGACUCUCCCAGCUUCUGCCUAGCUGGCCGCUUUUCCCCUGGCACUGCAGGCCGCAGGUGCCACCGUGAGAAGAACUGUGAGAGUAUCUGCUGUGGCCGUGGCCACAACACACAGAGCCGGGUGGUGACCAGGCCCUGCCAAUGCCAGGUACGCUGGUGCUGCUACGUGGAGUGCAGGCAGUGUACACAGCGAGAGGAGGUCUACACCUGCAAGGGCUGACCCGAGGCCCCCGUGGCCCUGCCGCGAAGGAUGUGUGUGGGCUUUGCACACAGUACCCGAAGAAUGCUACACCCGCGGGAGCUGACCCCUGGGCUCUGCCGGGAUGCGGGCGUCGCACAUCGUGCAAGGGGUCUUAACCUGCAUAGAGUGAGCCCUGCAGGUCCAGCCCGUCCUGCUGUGGGGGGUGCAGGUGUCACAAACAACACGAAAGGUCUGCAAGGAAGGAGAGGUGCCCCUAGCACACUGGGGCCCUGGUAUGUGGACAGCUGGUUGGCUGUCUCCCUUCUCAAAGGCCCAGAGGGCGGGGCUGGCCCCUGUCUGGCCUCCUCAACCCUUUCGCUUAUGCCCUGGGCCCCAAGCUUCCUCCCCCGACCCGAGAGCGUUACAGUAAUGCUUUCUCAGUUGCCUCCGUCCCUGGUCCCUGACACAUCAGUCCCUAGAGUGUAGCCCUCGUCAGGGACCAGUGUGUUGACUGGUCCUCCCUGCCUCUUGGCUUCCUCUGAGGCUUGGAGGACAGGUGCACCUUCGUAAUCACAUGGCUGCCCUUCUGGCCCAGCAGCCUGAUGCCAGCACUGUCUUCAGAGAGCCAAACCACUAGGAGAGAGCAGCCACUCCAUCUCCAGGGCCCAGCCUCUGGCCCUCUGACCCCGAGCACUUCCUUGGAGUAUCAGUGACUUUUAAAUUAUUAUUAUUUAACUAAUAUAGUAAUUAUUAUUUUCUCUAUCCCCUUGCCUCCUGAUCUGUGACUUUUUUUUCCCCCUCUGACCUGCCCCAGGCCCAGCCAAGCCAGUCUGGGAGGCCCCACCUUCCUGUUCCUUUCCUGUCUCUUUCCCUGCUUGCUCUAGUUUGAAACCACUAAGUCAAGGCCAUGGAUGGAAAGAAAUGAAGCAAUGGGGCCUAGCCAUGGCCCCCAGGACUUCUGGGAACCCACCUCUCAUUCUAUCCUACCUGGGGGUCAGAGGCCUUGGUGUGGCCCCUGCUCUGUGCCCUGCAGGUGUAGUGACCAGGUUGCUGGAUAUGGAUUGUGGGGUGCUGGAGGCAUGGGCGUGGUGACAGGCAGGACUAGCUUCUUGAAUGUCCAUCUCAGGAAGCCAUGCUUGCUCUGUGUCACCAAGGGAGGGAAUGGGGGGGGGGCAGACACACUUGCUGUCACCAGGUCUCGCUGAUGUCUUUGCAGGGGAAAGGUGGCUACACUGAGCUGGUGUUGUGUGUGUGUGUGCAUGGGUUGUGUGAGUGUGUGAGUGUAUGGACUCUGAGCUGUCACGGUCAGCAUCCUAUGCCCCUCUGCAGUAUGGUGACUCUUCGGCUCCCAGAAAGCACAGCCUUAGGUUUUCGUGGGAAUCCUGUGGCUGCGUGGGCUCGAGUGUGGGCAGGUGGCAGGCAUGGAGGGAGGAACUACUGAGGAGGGAGUGGCCCUUGGAGCUCCCGGAGUCCCGAAUGCCCAAGCCUGGGGUGGUGGCAAGACUGUGUCUUAAAAGGAAACCUAUUUAUGUGGAGGAGGGCCUCUGGUCCCUCUUGGAUGUGUAAAUAGCAAAGUUUAUUCUCCUGUGGUUCAUGAUCGCCCACCAACGAAUGCCACGUUCCCAGGAUGAGAGUGUGAGUGGCAGUGCGCAGUGGCUGGUGGGUGGGGGGUGCACCCCACACUUCUCACAUGUCUGUACCCAGUCCCACUGUCACCACAGACUGGAGCUUCAUCUCUGUCAGACCUGGGGAAGGGAGCCUGCCAGUUCAGAGGAAGAAUAUUUUUAUC